UUAUGACUGGUUAUGACAUGUACAUAAGAAAAUAUGAAUAACAUUCCACCCCUGAGGCCACUAGGUAAUUUGACUGCAGGAAAGGGCUACUGUCAUCGAUGAAGUAUUAUCAGGUCAAGUGAAAAUUGCGUAACGUGAAACAACUUAGUCUAUGUCAAACUACUGAAUGUGUGUUUGCGCACAAGUGUCCUUAUGUGUAUGUGUGUGUAUACACAAACACCCAUGUUCAGGCUAUCUGUGUGUUCAUUGAAUUGGACCGGGGGGGGGCUUACAGUGCUCUCAGAGCUCAGGAGCAAAACAGAUAACCACAGUUCUCUCUAGCUCUGAUCUCAGAGGAGGAGUAAAAACGUUCAGCAGCAGGGCUCCAGAAGAGGUUCUCCCUCAGUGAACUGUUGUCCAAAUUCCCACCUGAUGAACAACACUUAUAGACAUCUGCUGCCGCUGGACCUUCAGCUCAAUGAAACCACCAGGGAGUCUCUGGCUGGGGAGGACGAACAGGGGAACCUGACCGGCAUCGAGCCUGGUCUGUGUGAGGCAGUCCACAUCCAAGCUGAGGUGUUCCUGACACUGGGGAUCGUCAGCCUUCUGGAGAAUAUCUUGGUGAUCUUGGCAGUGGUCAAGAACAAGAACCUCCACUCACCCAUGUACGUACUCCUGUGUAGUCUUGCUGCUGCUGACAUGCUUGUGAGUGUCUCCAACUCACUAGAGACGGUGGUUAUCGCUGCGCUGAACAGUCGGUUUAUUGUGGCAGAUGACCACUUUAUUCAACUCAUGGACAACUUCUUUGACUCCAUCAUCUGUAUCUCCCUGGUGGCCUCAAUCUGUAACCUUUUAGCUAUCACCAUUGACCGUUACGUGACCAUCUUCUAUGCCCUACGCUACCACAGCAUCGUGACGAUGCGGCGGGCUGUCCUGGCCAUCGGUGGCAUCUGGCUGACAUGUGUGUUCUGUGGGAUAGUCUUCAUCGUCUACUCAGAGAGCAAGGCAGUCGUUGUGUGUCUGAUCAUCAUGUUCUUCACCAUGCUGGUGCUCAUGGCCACUCUGUAUGUUCACAUGUUCCUGCUGGCGAGGCUUCACAUCAAGCGCAUUGCUGUUCUUCCCGCGGAGGGUGUGGUGCCCCAGAGGACCUGCAUGAAGGGAGCCAUCACCAUCACCAUCCUCCUAGGGGUGUUCGUAUGCUGCUGGGCACCUUUCUUCCUCCACCUCAUCCUCCUCAUCACCUGUCCCAAGAACCAGCUCUGUGUCUGCUACAUGUCCCACUUUACCACCUACCUGGUGCUCAUCAUGUGUAACUCUGUCAUAGACCCCGUUAUCUAUGCCUUCCGCAGUCUCGAGAUGCGCAAAACCUUCAAGGAGAUCCUCUGUUGUUUCAGUGCCACUUGUAGUAUUUUCCACUGUAAAUACUGAAGGGUUGUAGUUGUUGGUCAUUUUCAAAAAGGCACAGAAAAGGCUUUCAAUGUGGUUGUUCAAUGCGCUGUGUAUAUGGAUACUGUGUAUAUGGACAUUGUUAUAUGGACACUGUGUUUAUGGACAUUGUUAUAUGGACACUGUGUAUAUGGAUACUGUGUAUAUGGACAUUGUUAUAUGGACACUGUGUAUAUGGACAUUGUGUAUAUGGACAUUGUGUAUAUGGACAUUGUUUUAUGGACACUGUGUAUAUGGACAUUGUUUUAUGGACACUGUAUAUGGACAUUGUUAUAUGGACACUGUGUAUAUGGAUACUGUGUAUGUGGAUACUGUGUAUGUGGAUACUGUGUAUGUGGACAUUGUUUUAUGGAUACUGUGUAUAUGGACAUUGUUUUAUGGACACUGUGUAUAUGGAUACUGUGUAUAUGGACAUUGUUUUAUGGACACUGUGUAUAUGGAUACUGUGUAUAUGGGCAUUGUUAUAUGGAUACUGUGUAUGUGGACAUUGUUAUAUGGACACUGUGUAUAUGGAUACUGUGUAUGUGGACAUUGUUAUAUGGACACUGUGUAUAUGGAUACUGUGUAUAUGGACACUGUGUAUAUGGAUACUGUGUAUAUGGACAUUCUUAUAUGGACACUGUGUAUAUGGACAUUGUUAUAUGGACACUGUGUAUAUGGAUACUGUGUAUAUGGACACUGUGUAUAUGGAUACUGUG